UCUUUGUCAUUGUCUAAGUUUUGGAAUAGACAAUAUCAAUGCUAUUUAUUACUGUAGUUAUGUGUAUCUUUACGUCUGUAACUCGACAAUGUCAACAAGUUAUAACGGCAACAAACAACAAAGCUUACGCGUGGACAUACAGCCAAAGUAAUUACUGGUAAUGAGGUUGCUUAUUACUGAAAGGCGACCUUAAUCAAACAAAUGUUUGAUGAGUUGGCGAUAAAAUAAAAUUCUGUGGCCAACGGAAAUCGAUAAUAUCGACAUCUUCCGUCCGCGUGGCAGUUAUUUAACAUUACUUGCGCUGACAUUGGCGAAGAUGUGCAUUCUACUUUAUACGAUUCACCGCCAUUAAAGUCGCGAAUGCCGUUAUCUACGCCGGCAAGAAACAGUUACAUAGAAGUAGUUUUUCUUUUAUCUCUGUACCAUUAGUCCGCAUUAGUCUCGAGAUGAGGAAACGUUGAGCAAGUCUUCGCUUUAACGACGGUCAUUUUUUAAAAAAAAAGUAACGGUUAAACACGAACAAUACACUUUGAAAAACAUUGAUAAUCAACAAAAUUAAACGAUGGGAUAUUUAAAAUCCAUAGGCACCGUGAUCAUUUAUUUCGGUCUCGUCUUAACUGUCAUCACCUUUUUGCCAGGUUUACCUCCAGAUGCUGAAUUUUCCGAAUACAGUAUAAAACUUCCAGCCGAUCCAGAAAAUCGGUUUAAAAUCAAAAAUCGACUCCAGGGAGCAGAAGAGUUGUUCUCUGGAGAAAUUAAAGGUCCAGAAUGUUUUGCGUCGUACAAUGGAGAAUUAUAUACUGGCAUAAGUGGAGGUUAUGUCGUGAAAAUUGAAGAAAAUCGUAUCGUACCGAUUGUGAAAUUUGGUCAAAAGUGUGAUGGUCUGUGGCAGGAAGCAAAAUGUGGUAAACCUCUGGGUUUAAAGUUCAAUAGUAAAGGAGAAUUAUUUGUAAUGGAUGCUUACUAUGGCAUUUUUAAAGUUAAUGUUAAGACACGACAAUAUACAAAUAUAGUUAAUAGUUCUGAACCUAUUGACGAACAAAUUCCAAGACUAGGGAAUUCUUUGGACAUUGCUAAGAAUGGAGAUAUUUAUUGGACAGAUUCAAGUACAAAUUUUCCACUUCAUGAUGGAGCUUAUUCAUUCCUUGCUAAUCCAUCUGGAAGACUAAUUCGAUACAAUGCUGUAACAAAAAAGAAUGAAGUAUUAGUAAAAAAUUUGGGAUUUGCAAAUGGAGUUGCAUUGAGCGAUGAUGAAAGUUUUCUAAUUGUAUUAGAAUGUCUAGCUUCGCGAAUUAUUAAGUACCAUUUGAAAGGUCCAAAAGCUGGUCAACAAGAAAUCUUUGCAGAAAGUUUACCUGGUGUACCAGAUAAUGUACAUAGCGAUGAACAAGGAGGUUUUCUAGUAACUUUGUAUCUAUAUAUAGAUUCUCAACAUCCUUUCUUAUCUCACUCACUCAUACCACAUCCAUAUUUACGAAAAAUGAUCGUGAGGUUGUUCUAUUUAAUAGAAGCUCCAUUUAAAUUAUUAGAAGAAAUUUAUCCAAAUUAUUAUGCAGAAAGAGUUUUGCACUCAGUUGGAUCAUUUGAGUCUAUGUCGGUUUUGGAUACAGCACAAACUUCAGUCGUACUCAGAAUAGAUAAGAAUGGAAAUGUCUUUGAUGCUAUAUACUCAGAAGAUAAAAAAAUUCAUACAAUGUCCUCUGCUUACAUAUAUAAUGGAUACUUGUGGUUAGGCUCGCCUAUAAACGAUUAUAUCAUGAGAGUUCCAUUGAAACAAGCAUUCCCAGAGUGGAAAGAAUCUGAAACAGUAAAGAGACAGACAAAAGACGAACCAUUGCCAACAAAGAUGCCAAAUAUCAAGGUAGAAGUAAAACCUACAAACGUUCAACCACCUGCUAAAGAAACAACUCAGAAACCUGCAACUACAACUCCAAAACCAACCACUAAAGUACCAACACAAAAGCCAGCCACAGUUGCAACAACACAAAAGCCAGUCGCGGAUGCGACGAUACCUAAGUCAACCACACAAAAGCCAGUCGCGAAUGCGACACCUAAGCCAACCACACAAAAGCCAGUCGCGAAUGCGACACCUAAGCCAACUACACAGAAGCCAGUUGCAGAUGCAACAACACCUAAACCAACCACAAAAAUGCCAACCGUAGAUGCAACAAUACCUAAAUUGAACACACAAAAACCAGUAGCAGAUGCAACAAUACCUAAGUCAAACACACAAAAACCAGUAGCAGAUGCAACAAUACCUAAGUCCAACAUACAAAAACCAGUUGCAGAUGCAACAGUACCUAAGUCAACCACACAAACGUCUACAACCGCUCCAAAACCCGCUGUACAACCUCCUAAUGUGAAAACACCAAUGAAGGAAACAACGAAAGAUAACGUGGAGGAAGUUAAAAAAGUUAAUUCAAAUUCAAACGUUAAUACAAAGACAUCAAAUGUAAAAAUUGAAUCAGGAAAAGCUAAUGAAGCACCUAUAAAAUCAAAAUCCGAUGAACCUAUUAAACAAACUCAGCCUGAGAAAUCUAAACCAGUGGGGAAAACUAGUGAUUCCAAUACUAAGAAAUAAAAAAAAUAAUUUAAUUUUAAUCAGGCACUGUCCAAGUUUUAAUUAAAACUUGAUAAUAUUCCAUUAGAUACUACAAGUUCUACAUAUUCCACACAUAUCGUCAUUGUUUAGAUUUGACAUAUUUUUAAACGCCCAUACAUUCCUUUAUAUUACCGAUAAAGAGUUUGCUUUUUAUUUAAGUUUUCUUAACAGUUUCAUAAAAUGAUAUUAUAAGGUUAUUUUAUUUUGUUGUGAUUCUCAUAUUUGUGGUUAACAGAUCAGAAAAUGUAUUAGACUGUGAUUUAGAUUUGUAUAUAAAGUUAAAAAUAAUGUUGUUCUUGCAAAUUUCUCCAUAUCGCAAUACAGUACAUUUACUAAUAUCAUAUUCAAUAUAUGUAUAUAUUAUAUAUACAAUAUAAGUAUAUAUAUAUAUAUAUAAUAUAUGCAUUUUGUUAUUUCUAAUUUUAUUUAAUUGUAUAACAAAGUUGAGAUCUAAAUGGAAAAAAAGGUAUUUUGUUAUAGACUUGUUGUUUUAAUAUUAUUCAAUUAUCAUUCCAGAAAAAAAUAUAUUGUAUAAUAGAAUAAGAUUAAAUAUUUAAAUGAUUGUUCUAUAUAAAUAAGGCAAUUUAUAUUAGAUCAAAUCUGUCUGUAAAAUUGAAAUCAUUCCUCUAUGUGAUUAAAAUUGUUUAACGUAACAUCAUAAAAAUAAUAUGAAUCUUCCAUUAAAUUUUUCAUUUAUUUUUGUAUGUGAUCUAUUUUUCUACUUGAAACAUGUUAAACAUAUGUAUAUAUAUAUACAUAUAUAUAUAUAUAUAUACGUAUACAUACGUAUUUAUUAUUUAUGCUACAAGUAAAAUUAAAAUAGUUUCUAAUUAAUGCAAAAAGUCUCUAUCCGUACUUAUAGUACUUAACUUUGUAGUUCUUUGGCUAAAUGAUACAUAAGGAAACAAAUUUUAUGUAUGAUGAUAUAAAAUGAUAUUCUUAAUUUUAUAUCAAAGUUGGUAAAAGGUUGUAUAAGUGGUAUAAAAAUAAACUUCUUUUUUAAAUCCUC